UUCCCUAGCGAAAUCGAAUCGAAAACACAAAGUUUUCGAUAUCAUAUUCACUCGAAGACGAAUCUCCGUUAGAGGAGCUUGAAGCAGCCAGAGAAGGGUCCCUUUUCGCAUUCCACUCUGUUCUCUUUAUCCUCUCAAAGAGAUCCUUCUAUGGCUUCCAUGGCUGCCGUCUUCAGCAAAACCCCUUUCCUCUCUCAGCCUCUCCACAGCAAGACCCACGUCUCCGAUUUCUCGGCCUCCGUCUCCUUUCCGGCGGCGUCGAGCCGCCGCAGCCUCCGCCGUGCCGGCGUGAGGGCGGGGCUUAUCGAGCCGGAGGGCGGGAAGCUGGUGGAGCUGGUGGUGGCUGAGCCACGGCGGCAGGAGAAGAAGCACGAGGCGGUGGAGCUGCCCCGCGUGGGGCUCACGGACAUCGAUCUGCAGUGGGUCCAUGUCCUGAGCGAAGGCUGGGCCAGCCCGCUUCGAGGGUUCAUGAGAGAAUCCGAGUUCCUCCAAACUCUUCAUUUCAACUCGCUCCGUCUCGACGAUGGCUCCGUCGUCAACAUGUCGGUGCCUAUUGUUCUCGCCAUUGAUGAUGAACAGAAGGCCCGGAUCGGCGAGUCCACCCGGGUCACGCUCGUCGACUCGGAGAAUAACCCUAUCGCUAUCCUCAACGACAUUGAGAUUUACAAGCACCCGAAAGAAGAACGGAUAGCCAGAACCUGGGGAACAACUGCACCUGGAUUGCCAUACGCAGAAGAGACAAUAACCAAAGCCGGGAACUGGCUUAUAGGCGGUGACCUCGAGGUUCUUGAACCGAUCAAGUACCAAGACGGUCUUGAUCGUUUCAGACUCUCGCCCUCUGAACUCCGUAAGGAGUUUGAGAAGCGUGGAGCCGAUGCUGUCUUUGCUUUCCAGCUCAGGAACCCUGUUCACAACGGUCAUGCCCUCCUCAUGACCGAUACCCGUCGCAGGCUUCUUGAAAUGGGGUACAAGAACCCGAUUCUGCUGCUUCACCCACUUGGUGGCUACACAAAGGCGGAUGACGUCCCUCUCAGUUGGCGAAUGAGGCAACACGAGAAGGUUCUGGAGGAAGGCGUUCUUGAUCCAGAGACAACAGUUGUUUCGAUAUUCCCGUCUCCUAUGCACUACGCCGGUCCAACAGAGGUGCAAUGGCACGCAAAGGCUCGGAUCAAUGCCGGUGCUAACUUUUACAUCGUGGGUAGGGACCCAGCAGGAAAGGGUCGUCCCGUGGAGAAACGAGAUCUC